GGGGUGGAGCUCAGCGAAAGUUUCCGAUAAAGACACACCAGAAAACAUCCACAGAACUUCUUAACACUCGACCAGAACACACGCUUUACACUCUAUCAGAAGCAUAAUGUUCCGGUGUGGGAUCGACUACACGCGGUGUCGGUGGAUCUUGCCGAUGCUGCUGCUGUUCGCCAUUAUAUUCGACAUUAUCGCGAUCGCGGCGCAGUCCGGCUGGGUGGAGGAUCAGGACGCUAAAACACACUACGCCAGCAUGUGGAAGCAGUGCCGAGGCCGCAACGACCAGUGGGACUGCAAAUCCCUCAUGGAGUUCUCUUGGGCUCAGGCUGUAGCUGCUCUGAUGAUCAUCGGCCUCAUCAUCCUCAUCUUCGCCUUCAUCAUCUCAUUAGUGGCACUGUGCUCUACCGUCAACGUCUCUCUGCUGCCCUUCAUCGGACUACUCCUCAUCCUGGCUGUAAUCGUGCAGAUCAUCGCUCUGAUCAUCUACCCGGUCAAGUUUAACGAGCAGAUCUACGAGGGUUAUUACGACUACACGUGGGCUUACGGUUUCGGCUGGGGCGCCACAAUCCUGACGCUGGGCUGCGCGAUCCUCUUCUGCUGCCUGCCCCGCUACGAGAGCGAGAUCACCGGCCUUGAAAAGACCAAAUACAUCUACCAGUCUGGCUAAGAGAAAAACACACACAACACACCUGAGAAAGGACAGUCUCACACACCACUCCAGCAUGAGGAACACUGAGAGAGCACCAGCAUUAACUAAAAACACACACAAAACGGCGUCUGUGCUGAGAAAAUGGCCUUUUUGACUCACUUUUGCUGCAGUUAUGCUUCAUUUUAAGUCAUUUUAUUGUUUUUCAUGUUUUUUUUUCAUUUAAAGGGAUUGCACACCCCAAAUCUUUGGGUGAACUGUCCCUUUAACAGGUAUACAUGCAUCUCUCCCAUAGUUAAUUCUGAUAUGUGGAAAUAUAUGCAAAUAACUUCUAUAAUAUACAAGAAAAUAGGCCUUUUUGACUCACUUUUGGCGCAAUAAUGCUUAAUUUUAAUCCGUUUUAAUCCUUUUUAUUAUUUGUUCAUGCACGUAAACUGGACAUUUAAAGGGAUAGCGCACCCAAAAGUGAAACUAAAUUCACUAUUUAUUCUCCCUCAUGUGUUUUCAUGAGUUUCUUUCCUCUGUUGAAUGCAAAGGAAGAUAUUUAGAAAAAAUGUGGAGAAAAGCAACCAUUGGCUAUUAUAAUAGGACAAAAAAAUGUUACUGUUGAAGUCAAUGGGUGCAUUUCUGAGGUAACAUUUUAGGGUGAACUGUCCCUUUAACAGGUAUACAUGCCUCUCUCCCAUUGAGAAAUCUGAAAGGUGGAAAAAUAUGCAGAUUACAUGUAUAAUAUGCAAGAAAACGGGCCAAUUUGACUCACUUUUGGGGCAAUUAUGGUUCAUUUUAGUCAGUGUUUAUUUUUAUUCAUUCGCAAAGUGUGUCAUUUAAAGGGAUAUCGCACCCAAAAUGAAACUAAAUUCAUCAUUUAUUCUCCCUCAUGUGAGUGUCUUUUUUCUGUUGAACACAAAAGAAGAUAUUUAGAAAAAUGGUGGAGAAAAGCAACCAUUGACUUCUAUAGUAGGACAAAAAGGUACCAUGGGAGUCAAUGGGUGCAUUUUAGGUGAGAUUUUUGGGGUGAACUGUCCCUUUAACAGGUAUACAUUCAUCUCUCCCAUAGAGAAAUCUGAUAGGUGGAAAUAUAUGCACAUUACAUCUUUGACAUACAAGUACAUGGGUCCUUUUGACUCACAUUUGGGGCAAUUAUGCUUCAUUUUCUGUCAGUUUUUUAUUAUUUUUUUAUUAAUAUUCAUUCACAGAGUGUGUCAUUUAAAGAGAUAGCGCACCCAAAAAUAAAACUAAAUUCAUCAUUUAUUCUCCCUCAUGUGAAUGUCUUUCGUCUUUUGAAUGCAAAGGAAGAUAUUUAGAAAAAUGGGGGAGAAAAGCAGCCAUUGACUUUUAUAGUAACACAUGGAAGUCAGUGGGUGCAUUUGUAGGUGAGAUUUUUGGCGUGAACUGUCCCUCUAACAGGUAUACAUGCAUCUCUCCCAUAGUUAAUUCUGAUAGGUGGAAAUAUAUGCACAUUACAUGUGUGAUAUGCAACACAAAUGGCAUUUUGUCUCACUUUUGGGGCAAUUGAGGUUCAUUUUAGUCUGUUUUUAUUUCAUUUAUUCGCAAAGUGUGUCAUUUAAAGGGAUAGCACACCCAAAGUGAAACUACAUUCAACAUUUAUUCUCCCUCAUGUGAGUCUCUUUCUUCUGUUGAACACAAAAGAAGAUAUUUAGAAAAAUGGUGGAGAAAAGCAGCCACUGACAUAAAUAGUAGGACAAAAAUACUAUUGAAGUCACUGAGUGCAUUUUGGAGUAAACGAUGGAACAUUUUUGCGUGAACUGUCCCUUUAACAGGUGUACAUUCAUCUCUUCCAUAUUGAAAUAUGAUACGUGUUAAUAUAUGCAAAUUGAUUAUAUCUCAUAUUCAAAUUUUAUAUAUUAAUUUCAUAUAUAAAACAUGUAUAGUCAUAUAUGAACACACAUUAUGGCUAACAUAUACAUGCAUAUUAUUUAUAAUAUAUAUUUACAAUUCAAAUGGUUUAAAUGGUUUAUAUAAAUAAUAAAAUUAUUUUUAAAAAAGUCAUUUUUGUAUUAUUUUAAAAUAUAUGUUGCAUAUAUACUUGUACGUCAUAUAUGUAAUUAGCAUAUAUUACCAUAUAUCAAGAUUUCUGUGUGUGUUAUGUAUUUUCUUUAGCUGUUUGUGGCAUAUGACUUGUAAAAAUUAAUUUAGGAAGUACAGUAAUCGCAUUAUUAUGUAGUUUCUGGAUGCAUGAAUUGACGCUGUAACCUGCUGUGUGAAGUGCGACUGAGAGUUUUGUUGUUUGUAUAUUUUCUUGAACUUCUCUUCAUAUUAACAUUGAGAUUUUUGACGAUGUAACUGUGCUUUAUAUUAAUUGAUGCAUCAUUCCAUGUGCUGGACGUCAUUGUUGUUGUUUAGACAUGCAGAUUUAUUGCACAUUUCCCUAAAGUUAUCUCACUGUUGGAGCAGAAUGUGUAUAUUUGAGUUUUUUGUCAGUAAAUAAGGAGUUUUAACCUUGAGGUGCUUAAAAACACUAAAUAAAUGACUGUCAUCCUGACAGUACGCUUUUCUUAGACAAAUAAAUGUAAAACAAUUUAAUACCAAUUUAAAGAAGUCUAUUUUAGCUGUAAACUUUGUAGGUUUUUGAAGCUUUUUUCUAGAGUUUUCACUGUUUUGUGGUUCUCUGUGAUCUGAAUUGUAAACCAUUCUUUAAUAAAAGGGAGUUUUGCAAUGAAAA